AUUACAUUAUGGAGAAUAUUGAUAUAGAGAAAAAAGAAAGUCAAUUGAGUUCUCAAGCUCAGUGGUGCCUUGAUAACAAAAAAGAUCUAUCCCUGAAAAAAUUUGUUGAGCAUUAUAAGCUAACGAGUCGGCACUAUGCCUCUUCAAAAUACAUAAAUAUUAUUAACAGGUAUCUUAUUGAUGACCAGAAACGGCUCUUAUCAGAAUAUAAUAUUUGGAAACAUUCAGAAAAUAGUGCAAGAUUUUGGACAGGCGUAAAAAGAAGGAAAGCACAGGCAAAAGCUCACGCAGGCGCAGUAGAAUACGUUGAUAACAUUAUAAAUAAAAAAAUCAAUCAACUAUGCAAAGAUUCUUCUUCUUACAAUAAAAAUCAAUAUUAUACUGAAUUACAAGCUAAUAAAAUUUUUAAUUACCACGAAUACUUAUCACGUUUUGAAACUGAACAAGAUAGAAACAUGUAUGAAUUAUUUGAUAUUUAUGAAGCCGAAGCAACCGAAGUAUCAUCAAAUGUUGGACUUAUGAAAAUAGAGACUCAUCUUCAUGAAAUCCUUUCUCUCACAAAUAUAAUGUUGUUAGCACCUAAUCAGCAUAGCGAACUACUUAUAGAGGUUUUUUCUGUAGAUACUCUUAAUCUAUUACAUCAAAGCCUUUUAAACCAUAUAAAGGAUAACAAAAGAGAGACAAGUACUACUAAUGACAAAUUUGAUGAAAUAAUAAUAAAAAUGUCAAGAGUUAUUCAAGCCGUAGAUGAUAAUGAAAUGACAAGAAGUGAUGCGGAAUUGGAUUUGUUGAAUUUCGCCAGAAGCCAAAACUAUUACUUAUCAAGAAUGAUUAAAGGUGUUAACAAUGCAUUAGAAAAGUUACCUUCAAAUGUUAUUAAAAACGCAGCUUCUAUCUCGGAAAAUGAGCUCUUUAACACAUACUUUGAUCCCAUUCUCUCCUCAAUAAUAUCUGAUCCUGGAAAAAACACUAUUUUAAAUGCAAAAGAUAAGGAAAGAGAAAAUAGAAAAGACAAGUCUAUGAAAACUCUGUAUAGUUUAUUAGAAGAAAAAAUAAUACAAAAAUUGUUCCCAGAAAAAUAA